GGAGAAGACGGAUAAUCAUUUAUUUAAUUUUCAUUCUCCUUCCAUCACAACCAGGCGCCACUGGUGAAAAUUUUCACUCUGGCCUUAGGAAGGGAGGCAGGAGUAUGGAAGUCAGCCUGGGAGCAUGUAUCCCCCCAGAGCUGUUUCCAGAGAUUAUCCGCCAUGUUGAGGAAAGGGAAGAUCUGGAGGCGUGCUGUCUCGUCUGCCACGCCUGGUGCCGAUUCGCGCAACGAUACAUCUUCCAUACCCUCGACCUUUCCUAUGAAGUCGAAUGCGCCAUAUGGAACACGCAAUUUGACGCGUUUCCCAAACUUGUGCCGAUGGUGGAAGAGGUCAUCCUGAAUGGCAGCCAGGAGUAUUUUUCCAGCAAUGAUAACGACGAGGAUGCCUCAGACCCUUGGUUCAUGGAGGGCCCAGAAGCGACCCAUCUCGUCUCUCGCUUGACAAACGUCAGGUACCUAUCGCUUUCGGAUUUCCAGGACUUUAGCUCCGACCUUUGUUGGCACCUCACCGGCUUCGCGUCGCACGUCGAGGCCCUCAACCUUUCAGACGUGUAUUUAUCGGAACCUGCCGACCUCUGCGUGCUCCUCGCUCUCAUGCCGAACCUUCAUUGGCUUGCUCUCCACUCUGUGGGUGAUUGGACGGAUUAUUAUGAAUCCGGCAAGUUUCUGCUGAUGCAGGUCUGCGUUCCCAGAGCGGUUGAGCUGAAGACGCUCAUGCUCUUUGAUGCAUAUGAGCGCGUCGAUCUCAUUGUGUGGCUUCUAGGCCGCUUUUUCGAUUUGAGAGGAUUGGAAACCCUGCGGAUCUCUUGGGACGUGCCGACAAACACUGAUAUCAAAGCUCAUCCGACGAGGUAUAACCUGGUGGAGAAGCUCUUCAUUGCAUGUUUUACAGUCAGGCAUGUGUCGUUUUCGGUUUGCAGGACUAACCAUAUUGACCAGUGUCUUGAUUAUUUCAUUAAAGCGAAGAGCUUUCGUUGUUUCCAGUCACUGGAGACAAUUUCCUUUUCGAGCGGAACAUCCACGGAUGUUGAUAACUACCAUUGCAUUGAUCUGAAGAAUCUUGGUGUACCGAUGAAGAUCCUGGAAUGUCUGCCAGGGCUUUUGGUCUAUCAAGUUAUAUUUCACUUGAUGGUUGGUCCAAAGACGUCUGGGGAUCUCGAACGUUCCUUUCAUACUUUGCCGUGGGAGUUGCUAGACAACCUGUUGUCUUCUCCCCACUUUCCUGCUCUCCGACGGGUGAUGUUUUGCUUCUGCAUUGAUGACCUGAAUUGGGAGGGUGACAAAGGGGAAGUAUUCCCUACCAGAGAUCAUUUCAUGAACAUGGUUAUGCGCCAUCUUCCUCGAUUGGCUUUGAAGGACUGUCUGCGGUUCGACUAUGCUAAUGUGUGGGACAGAGACGCAUUGAAGGAGUCGACAUAAUAAUAACACCUGGUGGUUCAGGACAUCCAAUAUGAUACUGUAUACAUUACAAUUGGUCGUGCGUGAGUGGAACACAAUGAAUCUGAAAGACAACUUUCCUGUAGUCAAGCUUAUAAUUGAGUGCAUAAUUCAAGUUUCAUGUGUCUAACUGACUUCUUGGAUCGCAC